GCGGAGAAUCCACAAUCACAAUAUUUCAAUUCAAUUUCUAGCUUCCAUUUCCAGCACCAUCUUCAUUUUCAGGGGCAAACUCCCGCUGCAAUUCCUCAAAUUUCACCAACCAAAUUAGGGUUCUUCCAAUUCCUCCAUUUCUUUAUGGUAAUCGCGAUUUUCAUCAUCUCUUAAUGGGUAAAGGAGGCGGAUGUUUCCCUAGCAAAAACAGAGUACCGGCUGUCGUUGAAUCGGAUCCAGAUCCUACUCCAAAUCCGGUAAGUGAUGAUGAUGGUGUUUCAAUUCCGAUUGAAACGGUAAAUCAGAUGAUCGAAUUCAGGAAACUCAGAAUUUUCAUAGUGUUUUAUUCGAUGUAUGGGCAUGUUGAGAGUCUCGCGAGGAAUAUUAAGAAAGGAGUAGAGGAAGUUGAUGGAGUAGAAGGUGUUCUAUAUAGGGUUUCUGAAACGCUGUCACCUGAGACUCUGUCGGCGAUGAAGGUACCGCCGAAAGGAGACGAUAUUCCGGAGAUAUCUGCGGAGGAAUUGGUGGAGGCCGACGGGUUGUUAUUUGGGUUUCCGACGAGGUACGGAAGUAUGUCGGCUCAAAUGAAGGCGUUUUUUGAUUCAACAGGAAGUUUGUGGAGGGAGCAGAAGCUCGCCGGAGUUCCGGCCGGAUUUUUUGUCAGCACCGGCACACAAGGAGGCGGUCAAGAAACCACCGCAUGGACGGCAAUUACACAAUUGGCGCACCAUGGGAUGUUAUACGUACCAAUCGGAUACACAUUUGGAGCCGGAAUGUUCAAAAUGGACUCGAUCCGAGGAGGUUCUCCGUAUGGAGCAGGUGUAUUUUCAGGAGACGGAACAAGGGAACCGAGCGAAAGGGAACUUGAACUGGCCCAACAUCAAGGUAGGUACAUGGCCUUGAUCGUCAAAAGGUUUCAACCUGACUCGCAACAUUAAUUGGAAUUGAUAAAUAUAAAGUCAGAUACAUCUUUCAAUACACAAGGUACAAGAUUAUUACGAUUAAUUUUUGUAUGGUUGAUUUGAAAGAAUGGGGUUUUGAGGUAAAUUCCAUUUUAAUUUCCAUUUGGUCUUCACACCGAUUUGUUGAUUGUAUGGAUGUUUAUAAGAGCAGAUAUUGAUAUGGCAGUUGUAUUAUGUAAUUAUAUUAUGAUUGAUGAAA